CCCCUCGCGGGGCUGGGCGGCCCGGUGGUGACGUCAGCGGCGCGAGGAGGUCGCGGCGGCCGGGAGGGGGCGGAACAUGGCGGCCGGCGGCGGCGGGCCGCGGGGGCCGGCGGCGGCGGGAGGCGGCCGCGGGGCGCGCGCGCUGCUCGCCCUGUGAUGGGCGGGGGGAGCCGGGCCGACGCUCCCGGAAGCGAUCGCGCGCGGGCAGGCGGCGCAGGCCCGGCCCAGGCGGCGGCGGGGGGGGCGGCGGCCUGCGGCCCACACGACAGGAGGCGGCGCGGGCGCUUUGGCGGUGACCGGGGGCCCCGCGGAGGAGGCGGGGGCGCGGCCCCGCGGCGCCCCGCAGCCGCAGGUGGUGGUGAUGUCAAAACAUGGACACUUGAACUCAGAUCUUGAGUGAAGACAGUCCUAGUCCCAAGAGACAACGCCUUUCCCAUUCAGUCUUUGACUAUACAGCAGCAUCACCAGCUCCAUCACCGCCAAUGCGACCAUGGGAGAUGACAUCAAAUAGGCAGCCUCCUUCAGCUCGGCCCAACCAACACCACUUCUCAGGGGAACGAUGCAACACACCCGCGCGAAACAGAAGGAGCCCUCCUGUUCGACGUCAGAGAGCAAGGAGAGAUCGUCUGUCUCGACAUAAUUCUGUUAGCCAGGAUGAAAACUAUCACCACCUCUCCUAUGGACAGCAGCAAGCAAUAGAAGAGCCCCGAGCCUUUCACCCACCGAAUGUAUCUCCUCGUAUGUUGCACCCAGCCGCUCACCCGCCACAGCAGAAUGCAGUGAUGGUUGACAUUCAUGAUCAGAUCCAUCAGGGCACAGUCCCUGUCUCAUACACAGUGACAACAGUGGCACCGCAUGGGAUCCCACUUUGCACAGGCCAGCACAUCCCAGCCUGCAGCACACAGCAGGUUCCAGGGUGCUCAGUGGUUUUCAGCGGGCAGCACCUUCCAGUUUGCAGUGUGCCUCCCCCAAUGCUUCAGGCAUGUUCAGUCCAGCACCUACCAGUACCAUACGCAGCAUUCCCACCCCUUAUUUCUAGUGAUCCGUUCCUUUUGCAUCCUCCUCAUCUCUCUCCACACCACCCUCCUCACUUGCCACCUCCAGGACAAUUUGUUCCUUUCCAAGCACAGCAGUCACGGUCGCCACUUCAAAGAAUAGAAAAUGAAGUAGAACUGCUUGGAGAACAUCUUCCUGUAGGAGGUUUUACAUACCCUCCCUCAGCCCAUCCACCAACAUUGCCUCCCUCAGCUCCUCUCCAAUUCUUAACCCACGAUCCUUUACACCAGGAGGUGUCAUUUGGUGUACCUUACCCACCUUUUAUGCCUCGAAGACUCACAGGGCGCAGUAGGUACCGAUCACAGCAGCCAAUACCACCGCACCCUUACCAUCCCAGCCUAUUACCAUAUGUGCUAUCAAUGCUGCCGGUGCCACCUGCAGUUGGACCAGCUUUCAGCUUUGAGUUGGAUGUGGAAGAUGGUGAGGUAGAAAACUAUGAGGCACUGCUGAACUUGGCAGAACGUCUAGGAGAAGCCAAACCACGAGGACUGACAAAAGCAGACAUUGAACAACUUCCAUCCUACAGGUUCAAUCCAAAUAACCACCAGUCAGAACAGACGUUGUGUGUAGUGUGCAUGUGUGAUUUUGAGUCAAGGCAGCUACUUAGAGUCUUACCCUGUAACCACGAGUUCCAUGCCAAGUGCGUCGAUAAAUGGCUUAAGGCAAAUCGUACCUGCCCAAUUUGUAGAGCUGAUGCUUCGGAAGUGCAUCGUGAUUCAGAAUGACCAAUCUAAGAGCACAAAUCUGGUUUGGGUGUUCCUGGUCACGUGUAUAUAUGAACUAUCCAUUGAACUUACCCAUGUGGCUUCCAGCCUUCCCUUUACACAAAAGGGUCAAUGGACCUUACUUUGCACUGUGUGACUUAAUCAAUUAUAAAGCUUAUAAUUAGUCUUCACAAUUAUGGGAUUGUUAUACUAACAGUGUGAUUGGAACUCCAAAGAUUUUUUUCUUUAGCUUAAUUUUGUGUGUGCACUAACAUUCCCUGGUUUUUGUGUGAUCAUUCCGAGUGUUGCUGCGAGAUUACAGUGGACGUGAUCUUUUAGCAUGUGCUUUUAUAUAAAAGAAAAAGGAAAAAAAAAUGGUAGCUCCAAACAAUAUAGCAAUCUACCUUAUAUAGAGCCUUCAGAUACUGUGAGUGGGAAUGGAUGGUGUGAAUGUGUGUUUGCUUGUGAGAGAAUGCAAGAAGUGUGCUUGUGAUCGGGUGUGCAUGUGUGUUUGAGAACCUAUAUACCAGCAUGUACUGAGGACGUAUGUGUGUAGUAUUAAUUAUGCUGCAAUGUAUAAUCUUGUGUGUUAUUUAAACAGUACUAGUACUGUACACUGGUUUCUUUCCUUGUGUUUGCAGUUGCACACUGAAUGCGAUGGGUGCAGCAAUUACAGACGUUUAAUAUUUCCUCCCCAAUGUACUUAUUGGUAUAAAAACCUUUUUACCUACUAUUCAAACAGCUGUUAUGCUUCCCCUUCAUUGGAGGAUUUUAAGUGUACCACUGAAGAGUGCAUUGAUUGCUCAUACAUGAGUAUCCUUGGGGGUUUUUUUAGCAUAUGUUACAAAAUCCAGAUUUUAAAAUGGCAGAUUUACGAGUUAUUUUAUCAAAGUAAAGUUGCAAUGUCACACAAAUCCGUUAGCAAUAUUAACAAUUUGAGUUGGUAAUUGGAAUACCAAUGCUUUUCUGUUUUCCUUUUCAGUUUUUCUAGAUAAGUUUUACUUGCAUUCAGUUGAUUUCUGAUUAGACUUGAGUUUUGAAGAUGCUGCAGUUACGUGCUUCUUUCCUGAAAGGAAAUGGAAAGGACACUGAGGGUCUUGUGCAACAGCUCUUCACUUUUGGCCAUUGUACUUGCUAAGUACAUAAUCCAUUAGCUUAUAAACAUUGACUUUAAUCAUCAUAAACAUCAAUUAUAAACAUUGACUUUAAUCACUUACAUUCUUUGUCAUUUACAAGGGAGUUUGUAUACAGUUAAAAUAACUUGUAAGAGGUUACAAUUUUAUUCCUGCAGCUUCAUGAAUAAAAUAAAAUUUUUAGCAUUUUCUCAGAAAAGUAGAACUUCUGAUUUGUUGUUGUUGUACCACAAAAUGGGGUGGUUUUUGCUCACUCACUGCAGGUUUCAGUUGUCCUGGGGUGCUGCUUCUUGCUCUCCUUAUACCGUGAUGAAUAUAACAUGAAAAAGAAACUCUUGAUUUUUGCAGUCAGGUUUCCAGAGUAUUCCACUAUAGGAGAAAAGAAAAUUGGAACAUCUUUCAGAACAAAAAAUGCUGUGAAAUGGGAAGUAACCUCCAUUCGAUUGCCCUCUGAAUAAUGAAUUUAUUUGUGCUGUUGAAAAAACAAGCUUCAUUUAUAACAUUUCGGACUGUUAACACCUUCAAGAUGUUCACUUAAAAUACUUACGUCUUCAUAUACCGUAAUUAUUCAAUGGAUGCACCUUUCUUGCAUCUUUCUUGCAUCCAAAUACUUUCUCCUAAAUUCAGUGUCAUUACUUUGGUUGCAAUAGCACAAGUGGCACAAUUAGCAAUAUUGCUGUAACUUGCUGCCAGUCUCAGCUUUAAGUUUAUUCUUUAUCAUUUCUGAUGCUUUUGUAUGCUGCUAUGCUUUAGUAUCAGUUAUAUUUUCAGUGUUACAUGUUUUCCAUGCUGCUUGCCAUGCUUUGAAGGUUCUACAGACCAAUCACAGCUUGUGGUUCAAGUAAAACAAAAGCACAAUUUUGCCCAUGUUUCAGAUGCUCUUGCCUCUGUUUAGUUAUGCAAGUAGUUCUCAGAAACAGUUAAUCUGUCCAUACCUGUCAAUACUUAAUAACACUAAAUAAAUAAAAAAACGCCAUUACGUCAACUUCAAAAUAUGGGAAUUUUUUCUCUCUCCCAGGGGACUUAAAGAAUGGAUUUCACAAUAACACCAAACAGGUUAAAUUACAUAUAGUAAAAUUUAUUUUUUUAACAAAUGAAAUCAUGUUGUUUAAAAAUGCAUAUGCCACAUAUGUCUUACAAUACUUGGGGUCUUUUAUAUAGCUGCAAAACAAAUUUCUACCUGUACAGAUUGAACCACAACAAACACUACUGUGCUCAGUAUUCAGUUUGAAACAUGGGAGGAAGGCACUUUUUCUUAGCUAGUUAUAAAUGCAUAAUGAACAAGGCACAUUCUUCUAAAGCCAAGGGAGAGUAGUCCUCUUUCUGGAACUGUAGAAAUCUUGGUGUAUAAUGUCCCUUUUCCCCAGUAAAACUCUGUGAGGCAGUGGGAGACUCAAGAGGUGGAGGGUCUAAUUUGGUUAAAUGCUGAAUCCAGUCGUUGCACUCUUCCAGAACGUUUAUUCCCUUUGCGUGGGACUCUUGCGGGUGUGUGCGGACUUGCUCCCUGUGGCUAGUGCGUACGAGCAGCACACGCGUGUGUUCAGAGUCGGCGGGGACCAGCUGUAGCCAAGCCUGCUGUCGUGGCUGCCAGGGGAGGCGGGAGGGGGUCUGCGCUCAGCUGUCAGCUGCCGUGUGUAACGCACGUGUGUGUGUCAUCCACAGCCUGCCGUGGGGCCUGGCAGCACCAGGAUCCAGCGGGACUUUGUGCUCAUUGCUUUCGUGCUGCCACCUGUCCUCUCCUCUCCGAGCGCAACCCACAGCCUGUUGGCUUUACGUAUUGGCACUGCUGUGUUUCUCGCAUAAACUGUCAAAUUAAUUUGGCAUUUUUUAGUGGAUAUCAAGGCCUACAGAUAAUUCCAAGGUCUCAUUUUGUAGUUUUCUUUACAAAAAAAUUAAAGCCUUUCAUUGUAUGCCAUUUUGCGCAGGCUCUUGAAUGUGAUUUUACAGCUGUUAAUACAUCAUGUAAUACUUGGGAUGGGAUUUACCUGUUUUGUUUUACUUACGGAAAAUGCAUUUUUGACUGAGUUAUCUUUAGGCCUUUAUAAAAACUGUGUUUUUUCUUUGGUACAUUCAGUUACCUCAUUUUGCUACUUGUGUUUCAGAUUUGCUAAUGAUUAUGAAAGCUUAUGGGUUUUGUUGGAAUCAUAUUUUGUCAAGUGUUUUCUUUAAAUCAUACUCUAUUGUAUCAUUUAACAUGUAGUUUUAAAGGUAUUAUAAAUAUCUGUAACCAAAUCAUUUGAAGGCUUGAUAAAUUUUUAACAAAAUUUGUACAUUUUUUAUGAGAGUUACUAGUAAUGCUUUACUAAGUAGUGCAAUGAAUUUUUAUUUUUAAUCCCUGUGCCCAAUUUUGGAGUUGAGAGAGUUGUUCAGUAAUAAAUGUAUGAUGUACACUUACAAAA